AUGAAUGGUUUAAGUGCUCAUCAACUCCAAUUCAUCUUUGGUCUCUUGGGUAAUAUAAUAUCUUUCCUGGUCUUCCUAGCACCUAUGCCAACAUUUUGGACAAUUUACAAGAAGAAAACAUCAGAAGGGUUUCAAUCUAUUCCAUAUGUGGUGGCUUUAAUGAGUGCAAUGUUGUUGCUUUAUUAUGCUACCCUUAAGACUGAUGCAUAUUUGUUAAUCAGUAUCAACUCUUUUGGGUGUGUCAUUGAAGUUAUCUAUAUAGCACUCUACCUCUUUUAUGCUCCUAAGAAACAAAAGAUAUUUACAUUGAAGCUAUUCAUAAUAUUCAACUUGGGGUGUAGUGGAGUGAUGGUGGGAGGAACAAUGGUUUUUCUUCAUGGAAUGAAACGAACAAAUGCUGUUGGAUGGAUUUGUGCAGCCUUCAAUCUUUCUGUUUUUGCUUCUCCUUUGAGCAUCAUGAAGAGGGUGAUAAGAACAAAGAGUGUGGAGUAUAUGCCAUUUUCCCUAUCCUUUUUUCUCACACUAUCAGCCACCAUGUGGUUUUUCUAUGGCUUCUUUAUCAAAGAUCUCUUCAUUGCUCUACCAAAUGUUGUGGGAUUUCUACUAGGAAUGGUCCAAAUGAUAAUGUACAUGAUAUACAAAGAUAGAAAAGGAAAAGUUGAAGAGAAACUAGAGGAAGGAGCUAAAUUUUGGGAAGAAGAUGAUCAAAAUCUAUCCAUAGUCAAGACCCAAAGGGAAACAAAGGAGAUUAAUAUGGCUGAAACCAACCAUUACACAAUUCAUGAAUAGAGGUCUUCUUUGAUUACUGUAAAAUUAUAUAAAGAGAUAUUCUUUUGCAUUUACUCAAUAACUUCAACUAAAUAAUUCUUCAUUUUUACCCUUUUUAACUUAAUUUUUGUUAUAUUAUUUUUACAUUAUUACACCACACCACAUGAUGAUGUUUUGCAAAUUUCUAGUAAUUUAUUGAUAUGAUAACUCUCUUGCUGCUUUUUGUCA